CCACCACCGGCUCGCCGUCGCUGCCUCAUCUCCACUGACAUAGCCUACAGUUAAUCGUGUAGAACAAAAAAGAACAAAAGUCCCGUGUGUUUACAGACAACUGCUCAUAAUGUGAUACAAGGCUCCAUUCAUCUGCGACUCAAACACCAGCUUUCUUGGUGAGCCGGAAGACGUCUUAUUGAUGCAUGAGCAAGCGUUGCUGACUGGAAUUCACACAGGGCUCCUGUAAGAGCCCCUCUUUGCUGCAAAACUAAAUGAAGCUAACGAAAAAGCAACACUCACAGAGGACUCCACCUACAGCUAGGACUCCUGUGCACUGUGCUGGGCUCCAGUAGCCCACCCAUGCCUUUGAUCCCUAUCCCACGGCGAGUGCGCAGCUUCCAUGGUCCCCACACCACCUGCAUGCACUCGGCCUGUGGGUCCACGCACGCUUCCAAGCUUGUGCGCACCAAGUACAAUAACUUUGACCUCUACCUGCGCUCGCGCUGCAUGUACAGCUUCCUCCGGUUCCUGCUCUACUUUGGCUGCAGCCUGCUGACCUCUCUGCUCUGGGUGGCGCUCUCUGCUCUCUUCUUCCUGCAGUAUGUCAGUGUGAGGGUUCUCCUGCGGCUGCAGUACAAACUGUCUGUGAUUCUGCUUUUGCUAGGGCACCGGCGCCUAGACUUUGGCGUGCUCAAUGACCUGAUCAUUUACAGCAUGCAGAUCACCAUGUUCCUGGUGGGGGGUCUUGGCUGGUGCUUCAUGGUGUUUGUGGACAUGUAACUGCAGUGUGAGAGGCGUGGGAGAUGUAAUAUGCAAUGUGGAUGCUUCACACUGCAACUUCAGCAUUGUGUCGUGUAAAAAGACUCUUGAUGUCAACACUAUUUUAUUCUUUUAGUUUUAAAAUAUGACAAAAUCCAAUAAGAGUGUGUGUAACAACUGGGUGGACGGUCGUUUAAAGGUCCCAUUUCAUGGCUAUUUCCACUGAUCAUAAUUCCAUUGUUGAGGUCUACUAGAAUAGAUUUAUA